AAGCGAAGAAGACAAACCGUAAACUCCGUUCGCUUUGCUUUCCGUCCACCUAUCGCUGGUCGCCGGUACACCGGGGCAGGGCCAGCAUAGUCGAACCGUCAACAUCCAGGACCCGCCGUAUAGGUCCUUUAUCGUCUUCUGUGUUCGGGGUCUUCAGAGCGGACUGUAGUCUCCAGCCAUGGACCCGAACCGGAUCAUGACGGCGCUGAAGGGGACCAUCGACCCCGGGCUGAGGCGGGCGGCGGAGACCGAGCUCAACCAGUCCUUUAAGAUCAUCAACUUCGCGCCCACGCUGCUCCAGGUCAUCAUGUCGGACAUGGUGGAGUUCCCCGUCCGUCAGGCCGCCGCCAUCUACCUGAAGAACAUGGUGAGUCAGUACUGGCAGGACCGCGAGCCUGCGCCGGGUCAGGUGACCUUCCCCUUCAACAUCCACGAGAACGACCGGCAGCAGAUCCGAGAGCACAUCGUCGAGGCGGUCAUCCAGAGUCCUGAGAGCAUACGAGCCCAGCUGACGAUGUGCCUUCGAGCAAUCAUCAAGCACGACUUCCCGGGUCGCUGGACGGGUGUGGUGGACAAGAUCGGCGCCUACCUAGGCUCCAACAAGAGCAGCAGUUGGUACGGCAGCCUGCUGUCCCUGUACCAGCUGGUGAAGACCUACGAGUACAAGAAGCCUGAGGAGCGGGGCCCCCUCCUGGUGGCCAUGCAGCUGUUCCUGCCCCGUGUCCAGGCGCUGCUCUCCCAGCUGCUGCCCGACGUCACGGCCGCCUCCGUUCUCAUCCAGAAGCAGAUCCUCAAGAUCUUCCACUCCCUGGUGCAGUUCUCCCUCCCCCUCCAGCUCAUCAACAACACUGUGAUGACUCAGUGGAUGGAGAUCCUCCGAGCUGUCAUGGACCGGGACGUCCCGCCGGAGACCCUGGAGGUGGACGAGGACGACCGGCCCGAGCUGGUCUGGUGGAAGUGUAAGAAGUGGGCGCUGCACAUCAUCACCCGCCUGUUUGAGAGGUACGGCAGUCCCGGGAACGUCACCAAGGAAUACUGUGAGUUUGCGGACUUCUUCCUCCGGACGUACGCAGUGGGGAUCCAGCAGGUGCUGCUGAAGGUGGUGGAUGAGCACCGUCAGCGGCGCUACGUCACCCCACAGGUGCUGCAGCAGUCUCUGAACUACCUGAGCCAGGGGCUGUCCCACUCGCUCACCUGGAAACACAUGAAGCCUCACAUGCAGACCCUGUGCCAGGAGGUGGUCUUCCCUCUCAUGUGCUACAGAGACGAAGACGACAAGCUGUGGCAGGAGGACCCGUACGAGUACAUCCGCGUCAAGUUCAACCUGUACGACGACCACGCCCUGCCCGCCACCGCCGCCCAGAGCCUGCUGUCUAAAGCGGCCCGCAAGAGGAAGGAGGUUCUUCCUCAGAUGAUGGAGUUCUGCCACCAGACGCUGAUGAGUCCCACUGCUGACCCCCGCAGGAAGGACGGGGCACUGCACUGCAUCGGGGCGCUGGCCGAACUCUUACGUAAGAAGCGUCUGUACCGGGAGCAGAUGGAGCUCAUGCUCCAGAACUACGUGUUCCCACUGCUCAACUCCCCCCUGGGGUACCUCAGAGCCCGGUCCUGCUGGGUGCUGCACUGCUUCAGCCCGCUGCGUUUCCAUGACGAGGUGUCGCUGAGGAACGCGGUGGAGCUGGUGAAGCAGGACCUCAUCGCCGACAAGGAGAUGCCCGUGAAGGUGGAGGCGGCCAUCGCCCUGCAGGCGCUGGUCAGCCACCAGGAGGAAGCCAAGCGCUACAUCCGGCCGUACGUGCGGCCCGUGAUGCAGGAGCUGCUCCACAUCGUCAAGGAGACGGAGAACGACGACCUCACCAACGUCAUCCAGAAGAUGAUCUGCGAGUACAACCAGGAGGUGGCGACCAUCGCCGUGGACAUGACGCAGAACCUGGCGGAGAUCUUCAUGCGCGUCCUCCAGAGCGAGGAGUACGAGGAGAGUGAGGACAAGACGGUGAUGGCUCUGGGCAUCCUGAGCACCAUCGACACCAUCCUCACUGUGAUGGAGGACCACAAGGAGAUCACCCAGCAGCUGGAGGGGAUCUGUCUGCAGGUUAUUGGACUGGUCCUGCAGAAGCCCAUCAUAGGUAUGGCAGAGUUCUACGAGGAGAUCCUGUCGCUGGCCUUCGGCCUCACCUGCCAGAGCGUCUCCCCCCAGAUGUGGCAGCUGCUGGGCGUCCUGUUCCAGGUGUUCCAGCACGACUGCUUCGACUACUUCACCGAUCUGAUGCCUCUGCUGCACAACUACGUGACGGUGGACACGGACAUGCUGCUGUCCAACCCCAAGCACCUGGAGGUCAUCUACACCAUGUGCAAGAAGGUGCUGACCAGCGAUGCAGGGGAGGAGGCUGAGUGUCACGCUGCCAAGCUGCUGGAGGUCAUCGUACUGCAGUGUCGCGGCCGCGGCAUCGACCAGUGCAUCCCCCUGUUCGUGGAGGCGGUCCUGGAGCGUCUGACGCGCGGUGUGAAGACCAGCGAGCUGCGGACCAUGUGCCUGCAGGUGGCCAUCGCUGGCCUCUACUACAACCCCCCGCUGCUGGUCCACACCCUGGAGAACAUGCACUUCCCCAACAGCGACCAGCCAAUCACAGCGCACUUCAUCAACCAGUGGAUGAACGACACCGAGUUCUUCCUGGGGCUCCACGACCGUAAGAUGUGCAUCAUCGGGCUGAGCGUGCUGAUGGAGCUGCCCAGCCGGCCCGAGGCCCUGGAGGGCGUGGCCGCCCAGGUGCUGCCCUCCGUCCUGCUGCUGUUCCUGGGCCUGAAGCACCUCUACGCCUCCCGCCUCCUCCACAAGCCUGACCUCAUGGCCCGCGCCGGGGCCGUGGACGAGGAGCAGGACGAGGAGAUCCCCAGUGACGAGGACGAGGUGACCGAGUCCCGGGGCGGGGCGGCACUGCAGCGUCCGGGCGUCGCCCCGGUCGGUCGCCACGACGAGGAGGAGGAAGACGACGAUGACGACGAAGAUGAGGAUGACUACUGGGACGAGGAGGGGCUGGAGGGGACCCCCCUGGAGGAGUACAGCACCCCCCUGGACUAUGACAACGGAGAGGACGAGUACACCUUCUUCACCGCCGCCCUGCUGAGGGUCCAGACCUCAGACACCAGCUGGUACCAGAAGCUGACCGCCCCCCUGAGCGACGAGCAGAAGAAACAGCUGCAGGAGAUCUACAGCCAAUCACAGCAGCGCACCGCCGCCAAGGGCCAAUGAACGAGGAUUUAAGCUCUGGGAGCAGACACAGCAGUUGGAGACCCAGCUGACAGCGGAACCGCCCCACACCGGACCGGAUCCCUGUGCCGGACCAGCAUAGACCUCCUCCUCUUCCUCUCCUUCCUCAUCCUCCUAUCCCUUUUCUCUUUCGCUUUCUCUUUCUCUUUCUCUUUCCCUUCCUCCUCCUCCUCCUCCUCCUCCCCCCCCUCUCCUCCUCCUCCUCCUCCCCCUCCUCCCCCUACUGGUCUGUUACCAGUUUGACCACCAGAGACUCUUCAGCCCCGACUGGACCUUUGCUAUCACAAAAGACACAGGACUGUGUGUGUUGUUUGCACGCAGGUGUGUGUGUGUGUGUGUGUGUGUGUGUGUGUGUGUG